GGGGAGGGGGGCGGGGGGGAAAACCAACGGCCGCCGGGAGCUGAGGAGAGGGGCGCGGCGGGGGCUGCCGGGAAAGGGGCGGACCGCGGGCGGCAUGGCGCACAAGCAGAUCUACUACUCCGACAAGUAUGACGACGAGGAGUUCGAGUACCGGCAUGUGAUGCUGCCCAAAGACAUCGCCAAGCUGGUGCCCAAAACCCACCUGAUGUCCGAGUCGGAGUGGCGGAACCUGGGUGUGCAGCAGAGUCAGGGCUGGGUGCACUACAUGAUCCACGAGCCAGAGCCACACAUCCUCCUCUUCCGACGGCCGCUGCCCAAGAAGCCAGAGAAGUGAGUGUUCCCUGGGCUGGACGCAGCCCUCGGCUGCCUGGGCUACAAAGCACCUUCAUCAUCAUCAUCAUCAUCCUUCUCUUCUCUUGCACCCUCUGUUCCUGGGAUCUUUCCCGGUUGGGGCAGAGCCACUGGGUGCCCAAGAUGCUCAUGAACUCAGUGCCAUCUGAACACCUGCAGCGGCUCAGCCCCAGGCACCGCGCUGUGGGGGUGGGGGUUCUCAAAAGCUUCAAUAAAAGGAUAUUUGGGA